AUGAAGCCCGCCAAUAUUGGCAUCGGCGCCUUGAAGCUGGGGAUUUUUAUCGUCAACCUCACCCAAGCAGCCACUGCUUUUCCUCACGAUAUCGACACCCUAGAUGAGGAUCCCCGGCAGCACCCACAACUGCCCUCAAGGAGCGAUGGCAUUCUUGCAGGCCGUGCCGAGGCUCAAGACUUCUUCCUUCGAAUCAUGCCUGUGGGAGCCUCCAUCGUGCGAGGCGACCCGGCUGAGCCCGGCGACACGGACAAGAAUGGGUUCCGGAAGGCUGUACGCGACAAACUGCGUUGGGAUGGAUGGAAAGUAAACAUGGUCGGAAGUCUCUCUGGAGGCACCAUGGCCGACAACAAUGUUGAAGCUAUUCCUGGUGAGCGGAUCGACCAAAUCCAUACCAGACUCCGCACAACUGCUCCCAUUUGGCAGCCAAACCUUUACCUUAUCAAUGCGGGCACGAAUGAUGCCUCUCAAGAUAUGGUUGCCGGCGCGGGAGAGCGCAUGAAGGCCAUGAUCGACACCAUCUUCUCCAUCACUCCUGAUGCUACUGUCAUCCUCUCCACGCUUCUCCACCACAGAGACUUUCAAUCCAGAGUUGUACAGAUCAACGACCAGUACCGCCGCCUCGUCAAGAGCUACCAAGGCGGUGACCUAGAAAAGCCAAUUGCUAAAGUCUUUCUUGCCGAGAUGCAAGAUGACUUUCUCAAGUUCCCACAAGAUUUCCACGAUCCUCUCCAUCCGAAUCGUGGAGGCUUCCGUAAGAUGGCUGCCGUCUGGGUCUGGGCCAUCGACCAAGUCAAUGGACUAAAUUGGCUAAACGCACCGAAAGCCGCAGGAUUCACAGACGAUGAAGGAAAGACCAUGUGCAAGAAAGAGCCUGGCAGCGAGUUGAACCACCCUCACGGGUCAGAGGUGAAGCUCCUAUUUGCUGGCGACUCCACCAUCCGGGACGAUGGAGUGUACAAGCAAAGCUCCCAAGAGCGUGGCGUGGUCUGGAAGAACAAGGUUUCGAACGAAACCGAGAUGUACUGGGCACAUUUGAUCGACUCUGGUCUCCUGAGGGAACAAGUUCUGGACGAGCUCGUUCUCAUCAACCACGACACUGACAAGAUCGAUAUACAUAUAAACCGAGGAGAUGGCAAGUUUGACGCUGGAGUCAGGACCAGUGUUGGCCACCAUUGUGUCAACAGAGGCAUCCACUUUGGCGAUGUGAACGGCGAUGGAUUGGAUGACUACAUUUGCAUUGCAUCAGAUGGCACCCCAUUUGUGGCAAUCAACAACUCUACCCGCCAACAAACUGUGCCGUCGUUUGGGGUGGUCUUCAAGUGGCGGGAUCCCAUUGUUGGCUAUGCACAAGAUCGCGUUCGUCUCGGCGAUAUCGACGGGGAUGGUAGGCUUGACUACUGCGUCAUCCGCGACGGCGGCAAUAUUCAUUGCUAUCGAAACGGGGGCCUCGGCAAUGAAGCUGCUUACUGGCAGGAUCUCGGUUCUGGAGGCCCUGUAUUCAGCGCGAAAGACAUGGGAGACAUCCGCGGAGUGCGCUUCGUUGACCUAAACGGCGAUGGCAGAGGCGAUUGGCUCUGGCUCACCACGCAGGGUCAAACGACAACGUGGAUAAACAAGCGUGGUGAGAAACAGGGCAUGAUUCCGUACUGGCAGGAUGCAGGAGUCACCCAUCCUGAUAUUGGCGAGGGUAUUGGCAACGCUCGCGAGAGAGCCAAAUUCGGGCGUGUUUUCAACAAGCGAGAUGGAUUUAGAGACUAUGGGGUGCUCAGGCGAACGAAUUGCGAUUCUACCGGGAUCUGUGACGGCACAGUCUCUAUUUGGGAAAAUGCCAACGGUGGAAAUGGUGGCCGAUGGCAAAAAGGCGACGGAGCUCGGUGGGGUGACGUGACGGGAACUGGUUUCGACGACUACAUCUGGAUAUCGGCCUUCGGCGAGGUCACUAUCUUCCCCAACAAGGCUCGGGCAAACAGUUUUGACUGGUAUAAGAGUGUCGCAUGGGGUAGCACUACACUGGUCAGGACAGGAGUAACGCGGCGUGCUCUGCACAUAGCUGACUGGAACGGUGAUGGAAAAGCCGACAUUAUCGCAGUCGACCGUGUCUCUGGAGAGCUGACAGUCUGGCUUAGCACGUCGGAGCCCGGAAAAGUCAGCUUCCAGGAGGCCAAAAAGUACCCAGACACCAAAGAAUUUUGCAAGCUUGGUUGGGGAGUCCUAUACUACGAUACUUCUCACCAUUUUGCGGAUAUUAAUGGCGACGGCAGAGCGGACUACAUUUGUAUUCAACACAACGGCCUCAUGCAUGCUAUGCUCAAUCUUGCUACCGGAACUACAGAUAUCGGGCAGAUCAAUUACACCAAGAACCUAGAGCGAGCCGACUUUCGCUUCGCCGAUGUCAACGGUGACGGGCUGUCGGAUAUCAUUCACUCUGACAGGUUCACUGGUAACACGAAUGUGUUUUACAACGAAGGAAAGGCAGCUCCAGGAGAAUCGAAUGCAGGGAGCGCAUGGAAAUGGGGAAGGCCUGCCAGCGCAUUUAAGGGAACAAGCCGGGGCCCUAACCUCCAAUUUCCAAGCCUUUCGGGGCAGAGACGCGCUGAUAUGGUUGAAAUUAAUCCAAACACAGCUCAUGGCUGGGUCUUCUUCAACACGUGCCCAGCUGGUGGGGACGAUCCAGAGGGUGUCUUGGACCCGAGCUUGCCGCCAUAUACGCCUGGAAAGACAUCCGAGGCAGUUUCCGGUUCUUUCUGA